CAGUGCCACUUUGCGUGCGUCUGUGUUGCAUAGUCUGGUACCUGCUGUCCGAUUUGUCCGUCAUGCGAUCAACAAAGUCAGUCAAAUUUUAAUGUUUUUGAGUUCCAGGAAUAAUCUUUUGCACAGCAGUUCCGGCAGAUCAGGCAGAUCAGGCAGUUCCGGCUUUUACCAAUUGCCGUUAAAAUGAGCUCUGAAAGAUCUUCAUUUCAACUGUGUUUGGGGGUGAAGAUCAGUUUCACCAUGGCGACCUUUGACCUGAGGUGAUGGCGACUUGUCUGUCUCCAAAGAAACACCAUCUUGUGUGCGAGUUGGGAUCUGUCGUUGAUUCCGAUGCGGAGGACGUUAGGGGAAUACCGUUCUUCGAUUCGAAGGCGGGGUUGUUGUUAUGGAACCUUCUACCUGUGAACGGAGUCAGCCUAGAUGAUGGAUUGAAAUCCACUGAAUUCAUGUAUGAGAGCUACGUUGCCACUCUUGCUCCAUACUGCCAUACACUACAUGAAUGGGUUCUUCGUCAAAGUGAUGUGGACAUUUCAGAAAAAUACACGAAGCAUCUAGAAUGGACUGGCAAUACUCAGCUUUUCUUAGAUUGUUUCAAGAUGGCAAGGUCUGGUCAAGGGGUCACUGCAAGCCUGAGCAUCUUGCUGUCAACUGCAGCCAUGGAAAGAGCACUUGGAGAUGUAUUUCUUGUGAGGAGUAAGGACCCAUGUCCUGCAAUGCUGAAGAAUCUUCUUGCCACUCAAGAACUAAUCGACAUCUUUAGAGAGAAUGCUAUAACCCUUCUACAGAUUCUGAUUGGUCCACCAACAAGCCUUAACCUGCGGAAUAUACUAUGGCAUGGGUUUGCUGCUCCAGAUGAAAUCCCAAUGAGGUAUAGUACCUUUCUACUUCUGGUUGUUGCCAGUCUGAGUAGUUUACUGACUGAACAUCAAAUAACACCCUGUCACAUACCACAUCGGACCCCACUCACCUUGCCACAACUACAAACUGAAAUAUUUACUCAAAGAUUUCCAGAUUUCAAUGCUGCUGAUUUAGAUCAAAUAUGGGAAUUAUUUUCAACUACCAACUUCUUUCACAAAUCCAUGUUGCCUUUCUGUAACGCUGCCUUGGACUACUUCAAAGAAGAUAAAUAUGGUAUGACCAAUGCCCUCCUACUUCCACAACUUGAGAACGGUCUGAGGGGAUUGUUUGCAACGGCCAAUGACUGCCCAGAGAGAUUACUAACGGCAGAAUCGGAUUACUUCACAACAUUUGAUGAGAUGCUGUGUCCAACCUUGUCUCAUGAUGAAUUCGUCAAUGCAUUGAUACCAACUUUAGGAGAGUCAUACAUGGAAAUGCUACUGGAUCUUCUUGUCCAUCCAGAUGGCCCAAGACUGAGAGACCACAUCAGCCAUGGGGAGUUUGACCUACACACCAUGGUCAGAUCAUCAGCUGUUCAUGUCAUUACAGUAUGUGCUGCCUUCUGCCGCAUGGGUUCUGAUCAAGCACUAGCUCAGGUACCUUUACUCAGUAGAAUUAACACAAUGGCUGUCGACUACACGUCUCUGUUCCAUCCAAUAUGCCUCGCCAAGGAGGAGCUUCUUAGCUUUAUCAAGUCACUGUCUAAGUGGGUUGACCUGAGAGGACCUGAGGAUGAGGGUGUGGCAUCGUGUAAGGCGUGGUCGGGCGGAGACAGUGGCAGUGUUGGACGACGACGAGAGUUGAUGAGGAGUCUACUCAGAAUGAAUCAUGGCGAGCAGUUUAUGGAAUCAGAACAUCUAAUGGAGAGUACACUGAUGCCCUUCUCUGACCUACAGCCACUUGUUGAAUGCAUCUCUAAGUCAUCUGCAGAAACUCUAUUCAGAUCUCGCAAGGAAUUAGAAGUGACAUCACUACUCAGACGCAUCACAGUGCAGUGCGAGGCAACUGGUGUUAAUGUAGUCAUCAUGGCAACUCAAAGAUAUCAACAAUAUGUUGCUAUGGAGCUCAGAUCUCGACAGAGGGCCAAUUAUUCAAGACUUCUAAACAGUAUUCCAAGGCUGUCGUCAGGACUGAGGCUCAUUAUUUUACUUCUCUUCUGUCAACUCAGAAACCUUACUUCUUUAAAGUCCUCCACUUCCAAAGAUAUCCAGUCACAAAUCAAAUUUUUGAAAGGUGUGUUACGCUACGCAGAAAACGUCAACAGCCUUACGGGGCCGGAGAGGAACAAAUGGGAUGAAUGUUGUACUCUGAUUGAGUCUCUCUACAGCCUUGUCCAGAGUUACUCUGUAAAACUAAAGCCGUAACUUCAAUCAAGACUUCACCAUGGACAGACACUUGACACCCACUCCUCAGAGUUGAAGAUAAAUUCCUACAAUUUGUUUCCGGUUGAUUGUGUGUAG